UUUGAACCUGGUCGGGCGUUACGUUCGUAGAGUCCUGGUCUGCAGGUCGAAAUAGCUCCUGCGGUUGGAUUGAGAAGGAAGCGCAUGCGCAGCGUGGAUGCUCGCACUACAGUUCGAAAUAGCCCGAACUCGAAGCAAUGGCGACGUCCCAGUCCAGCGCCGUGAUGCCAGCGACCAUGUUGAUGUUGCAGAAUCCUGACAAGCCCGCAAAAAUGAUGCGCGAGGAGGAGGAGGCGCUGCAGCGCCGAGAGCGACGUCGUCACCAGUGCCGUGUUAGCCAGCGGCGCUACCGCGACAAACAGGGCUCGGCUGAGUACAACCUAAAGCUGGACGUCAACAACCUGCGCGAGCAUGUGCAGCGCCUCCAGGGCAUGCGGGAGCUACUGGAGACCAAGAUCUGGAGCAGUCGAUUGGCCCGCGACGGGGCCGCGGUCAAGGCUGCCGAGAAGUACUACACUGUCUUCUCGCAUGGGAUGCACAACCCCGAAGCUGGAGGCGAUCAUGUUCGCAAAUGCUUCGACAUGCAGGUGACCUUCGUCAAGGCUUUCAUGGACGAUGACGUAGAGUUCGGCGAUUCGCGCGGUGUGUCGGCCGUACUGAAUCAGUGGCAUUUGUACACACAGUUCCACGCCACUUUGUCCGUGCGUAUGCUGUCGGCCGAGGUCUGCGGCACUGAGGAAACUCCUAUUGUCGUGGUGAAGGGAGUGCUCGCUGUACGGAUGAACCGAUCGACCAUUGAGAACAUGUUCCCGCACAUUGUGGCGAACGAGGAUCUUGUACAGGUGUUGCUCAGCCGCGAGAUCGAGUACCCGACCUCCACCACCUACGUGUUCAACUCACGCUUGCAAGUGGAGCGUCAGGACCUUGACGUCGACUUCUUAGCUGGCAUCAACCAUUGCUUGGGCAGCACGUACGCUUCCUCGCGUGUCUUACAGCGCGCACUCAUCUCGGACUGCUGUAAGCUCGGCCAAGUCUCCCACGGUAACGCCGACAACGGCGCGGGGCUGGGUCACCAAGUUGGUUUGCCCUUCGUUAUGUCCUAGGACGUCUUCUGUAGAUGAUCUAGCUUUGCUUUUGCAGUAGCCUUUAGCCUAAUAACAAAGUAAGGAAUAGAAAUCCAGCAACCACAUUGACGAAGGAUAC